UCACUGAUACCACUAAAGUUUGAUUAUUUUUCUGAUAUCUGCCUCCUCAUGUUUACUCUCCUUCCUUCUGUUUCUUUCUUUGGGACACCACUUAAGAUGAUACACUUGAUUGACAGCUGAAAAAUGGAGGAAUCAAGGAGAAGGAAGCGAGGAAAGAGAAAUGAGACGCGGCCACAAUCACGAGAUCGGUUUCUUUCUUUGGCAUUUCCGCCCUGAUUUUUGUCUGCCAGGAAUUUUUAUGUUUACCUUCGGCAUUAAUGGACAAAUCGAAACCACAUUAAGGCACACUAUUAAAUUGUAGAAUAUAGAGACAGUCUAUAUAGGUGCGUUAUUUUUAUUUAUUAGAAAAAACAAAGUAGAUCGUUUUAAUGUUGAGUCAUGAUUGGCACUAGGUUAACGAAUGAGAAAAUUGAAUUGUACCGAGUGGGCGUUUAGUUUUGCAGAGGGUGGAGUCAUUUAUUUGUUGGAGAUGUCAUCUAUGAGAAGAGUUAUGUCAGCUGUGGCAAAGUCAAAAGCGUUAAGCCUUUUUAGGGCAUCGACUCUUAUGAACAUAAAGGUGAACCAACCAUCAGUAUGCGCCCAGUCACGUUAUAUUUUGGGAUUUCAACGGUUCAACAGUGCGUCAGUUCAGGGAAGGCCAGAUGUGUCGGAUCCUCCCAAGGACAAAAUACAUCUAACCGAGUCCUGUGUGAAAAGACUGGGGGAGAUCAUGGAGAAGGGUGAAUACCUCAGAAUACACGUAGAAGGAGGUGGAUGCUCUGGCUUUCAGUACAAGUUUUCUGUUGACAGGAAUAAGAAUGAAGAUGACCGAGUAUUUGAACAAGAAGGUGUGGGUGUAAUUGUAGACCUGGAAAGCCUGGACUAUGUCAAAGGAUCCACAUUGGACUUCAGUGAAGAGUUGAUCCGCUCUUCUUUCCAAGUGUUAAAGAAUCCCCAGGCUGACCAUGGCUGUUCCUGUGGAAGUUCUUUUUCUGUCAAACUAUGAUUAUAAAUCUAUACACAACAUUCAUUACUGACUUCUGCCAAAUGACAUCCCACUUAGUGAGUUGUACAUCAUUACUUUGUAUUUAUAGUUACAGUUCAAGAGUUUGAGUUAAUUCAGUCCUCAAAGCUUUCCUUUGUAAAUAACGUGUAAUUAAAUACUUUAUUUUUUUGCUGCACUAUUGUUUUAAUUUAUUUUAUUUUAAUUAUACAAAUUAUCUUGUAUGAAGAGUUAUGUAAAUGCCUAAAACAUUAAACAAAAAAAUAUUUUCCAAGUA